CUUUGAUGAGUUGCGCAGCCAGAGAGCAUUGACUUGGUCAAUUGUUUCUGCUGUCACUAAUAUAUAGAGUCCGACAAUUACUCAUACCAACAUGGCCAAGAAGAACAAGAAAUCCGCCGAGCAUAAGGAACGAGUUGCUGCGAAGCAAUCCAAGAAAGCCGCCCAGAAGGAAAAGAAAACCAAGUCGAAAGGCCGCGACGUUGACAGCGAUGCAGAGGACGUUGAUCUAGACGCAAUUCUCGCAUCCUAUGCCGAAGAACAAGCAAAAUUUCUCAAAGUCACCGAAGUCGUCUCAAACCCUCCCUCUCCACGAUCAUCUGCUACGGUACUCGGAUCCCCGUCGAACCGGAACGAGCUGUUGAUUUUCGGCGGAGAAUCCUUUGACGGGACAAUCGCCACCUUUUUCAAUGAUCUUUUUGUCUACUUGAUCGAUCGGGGCGAGUGGAGGCAGGUUACCAGCCCUAACAGCCCUCUACCUCGGAGCGGACAUUCUUGGUGUCGCGGGGGGAACACUGGGGGAGUGUAUCUAUUUGGAGGUGAAUUUUCAUCUCCCAAGCAAGGGACCUUUUACCAUUACAAUGACUUUUGGCACCUUGAUCCGGCAACAAGAGAAUGGACUCGUUUGGAGACAAAGGGAAAAGGACCACCGGCAAGAAGCGGCCACAGAAUGACCUAUUUUAAGAACUAUAUCAUUUUGUUUGGUGGCUUCCAAGAUACUUCCCAACAGACAAAGUACCUUCAAGAUCUCUGGAUAUAUGAUUGUCAGAAAUACGUCUGGUUUAAUCCAACUCUAGCUCCGGGAUCUCAGAAACCCGAUCCUCGCUCAUCGUUCUCAUUCCUUCCCCAUGAAACAGGCGCUGUUCUCUACGGUGGAUAUUCUCGCGUGAAGGCAUCUACUAGCGCAGGAGUGAAACAGACAAAGGGUGGUCCGCAGCGGAUGAUACUCAAACCUAUGGUUCAUCAGGAUACAUGGUUCCUCCGAAUCACUCCCCCAGCAGCAGAUGCGCCAGCUUCCGCUGGUCCUAUGAUACGCUGGGAGCGCAGAAAGAAGCCUGCUAACCAGCCAAGUCCAGCUCGUGCAGGCGCUACCAUGGCUUACCAUAAGGGUCGGGGUGUUAUGUUUGGUGGUGUUCACGACAUUGAGCUCACUGAAGAGGGCAUUGACAGCGAGUUCUUCAAUCAACUGUACGCCUGGAAUACUGACAGGAACCGCUUCUUCCAACUGAACCUGCGCCGCCCGAGGGGCCCAGGUAAAAAGCAAUUACCAAAUCAAGUGAAGACCAAAGAAAGGAGCAAAGCUGAUGAGGAGGAGCUUCUCCGAAACCUGGCAGAAUUAGAGAAGAAAAGAGGGAUACGCAAUGGCGACGAAGAUGAAGAUGAAGAACCUGUGCAAACAAAUACCCACAAGGUAGAGGAACCUGCAGAGCAAGAAAAACCUACAGUGGUUCGUUUCGAGAUGCCACAUCAACGAUUCAAUGCUCAACUGGCCGUGCAAGAUGAUACUCUCUUCAUCUUUGGUGGCACUUUUGAGAAAGGAGAUCGGGAGUUUACCUUCAACGACAUGUAUUCUAUUGACCUAGAGAAGCUCGAUGGAGUGAAGGAAAUAUUCUUCAACGAACCCGAGAACUGGCACUUGAUGGACCAGGGUGAAAGUGACGAUGAGAUGGAUGGCGACGACGACGAGGAGGAGGAGGAGGAGGAGGGAGAAGAAGACGAAGAUGCAAUGUCGCACGAUGCAGCGUCAACUGCUGCUACCGAGUUAACAGUACCGUCUGUGACUCAUUACAUGGAGCAAUUAGAAGUGGAGGAGCAGGAGUCUGAACCGUCCCCGGAGGACAACAGGCCUCUUCCCCGUGUUUUCGAAAGCUUGCGUGAUUUCUUCAACCGCACAUCUGAGGAGUGGCAGAAAUAUUUGAUUGAAAAUAUGAAGGAGAAGGAUCUGAAGGUGGAGAAGUCGGUCAAGGAGCUACGGAAGGAAGCGUUCGACCUUGCUGAAGAGAAAUGGUGGGACAGCAGGGAGGAAAUCAUGGCGCUUGAAGACGAACAAGAAGCUGCUGGAAUCGGAGAGGUGGUCAGCAUCGCUGAUCGAAACGCCAGUGGUAAUGCAGGUGGUGCUGGACGCCGGAGGUGAUAUCAUGAUAUUAUUUUAUUUGCACGAUACAUCAUUUCCAAUAUCUGCGUAUACAACGGGACCAGAGCGAGAUACCCGAACGGACUUCUCAUUUCUCUCAAUAUCAAGUACAUAGAAACAAAAUGGUUAUGACACAAGUUCUUCCAUCUCUCAUGAUAUUGCGCUUCCUCAAGCGGCAGCAUUCUCUAGGACGGCAGUUACAAGAGCAAAGUCCUUCUCGUCGACUCUCCAGUUGGAGAUGGCAAUCCUACAUGCUGGCUGUCCUUGCCACGAUGUCCCCGACACAAACAUCUGGGACAUGGUAUUGAUCUUGGCCGUAAGUUCGCGAUUCAGCUCGUCUUGUUUCGCCCUGAACAAAACAGUCAUAUAUGUAGUAUCCAGCAAUGCCUCCUUGUUCUCAAACUCUGGUAAUACAAUGUAAGCAGGAUGGUCAAACAGCCAUUCAGAUAUCAUUCUCGCCAACCGAGUCUGUCGCUGCAGCAUCUCCCUGUAUCCCUUUCUCCCAUACGAUAGGAGGGAGGCAUAGACGGGCAACGCUCUGAACCGCCGUGAAUUCUCGAUCCCAAUAUUCAAUGGAGACGGGAUAGAAGGACCUUCGGUGUCACCACUCACGCGCAGAUACGCUGCAUUCGCAUUCUGGAAGACGUUUCCUGCUACAUCCGGACGACGGCAAAGAAAAAAUCCACAGUCAUAGGGGACGUUGAGUAAUUUGUGGGCGUCGCCAGCAAUGGAAUCAGCAAGCUCUAUUCCCUCGCAUCCCUUUCUGAUCGACGCAAAUUCCGAACUGUCCUCAUCCUCCAGAAAGACUCGACCGAAGAUUCCAAAAGCUCCGUCAACAUGGAGCCAUGCACCGUACUUAUCGCAUAGGUUUCGUAUGGCUUGCAUUUCAUCGACGCCGGCUGUUGCGAAUCGUCCAGUAUUAACUUCACCGCAUGAAAUGGCGACAAUACUGGCCUUGUUUGAGUUUGACAGCUCCGUUUCCAACUUGUCCAUGUCGAAGCUGAGGGGAUUGCCCUUCGAAGCACAGACGAUGUUCUUGAUGUUUGCUCUCCCAAUUCCCAAGACCCCGGCAGCCUUUCCAAUAGACGAAUGCGGCAACGUCGAUAAGACCUGGACACCAGAUAAUCCGGAAGCUUGAAGGGUCUCGAAUAAUCCAGACUCUCCCACACUCCGAAUGGGACAUCCACUACGUUCACAGGCAGUUCGGACAGUGAAUUCCCUCCCACACGCGAGACCCAGGAUAUUACUUGCCGUUGCGCCUGUGGUAAAUGUGCCAUUCUGCCAGUCCUUUCGAUUCAAAUAAAGGAGAUCUGCAAGAAGGCCCAACGUAUUGUACUCCAGCUCCGUCACGAUGGAGUGAGCUGGAAGAUGCACCUGGACAUUCUGAUCAUAGGCCGAGACGACAUUAUCCGCGAAUAAAGCGGCGGGAGUGACUCCACCUGUAACGAAGCCAUAGUAAUUUGGACUGAUGCUCCCGGCAUUUGUAGCAGGGACGAUAUCAUUGAGGAUAUGUGUCUGGAUGGCUUUGAAUCCGACACCAGUUUCCGCAAGGGUUUCUGGGAGAGAGUUCCUUGCUCUUAUUAAAGCUUCAGGACUGGGGAGAACAUUGGAACGUUGUCCAUGUUCCCCAAAGCCGAAUGCUGCUUUCCAUAAGUCGUAUUGAACCUGGGGUUGCUCUUGGAUGAUCGUUCCGAUGUUUGGUUCCAUGCUGUGGUCUCAAAUUGUCCUCCGCUUGGAUUUUUAGCAGAUCCAGGAAUCCGUCGAGGUGAGCCAGCCGGCAAGAUGCCUGGGUAAGCACUAGUACCGCAUUAAUAAAUAUCAAAUGCCG